ACAAAGGGUUCGCCCUCCAAAAUGGUGAGUCUGAAACAGAGAGAAUUUAAAAGGCCCAUCUCUCUCUAUCUCUUUCGUAGUGUCAAAUGCUUUAAAACCCAUCAGUUACAAACUUUUCUUUCACGUACGAUUAGACAGAUAUUGGUUGUAGAUUGUAUAAAGUAAAAAGGCCAGAGAAAGAGAAAGCCAAAAGAUUUGAGAUUAUGGUAAGGAUUUUUAGCAUUUUCAGUUUUGUUGUAAGCCUGUAUGAAGGCAUGUUUAGUUCUGGAAUAAUAGAGCAAAUAGCAGCAAGUCUUUCUGCAAUUUUUGGGUCCUUUAUCUGCAGAAAGUUUCUUCCUUCAAACUCUAUUUCUCAAAAAUUUUCCAACAAUUUUGGUAUUAGAGCUAAAAUUUUGAGGGAGUAAAGAGAGAUAAACAGCUGAGGCGAGUGAAACAAACAAAAAAAGAAUAUAUGGCUGGCAAUGGUAAUGCAAUUAGUGCCGUACAACCACUCAUUCUCAUUUUUAAAGGUGAAAGUUUUGAGUUAUGGAGUAUAAGAAUGAGAAUUUUACUCAAAUCUCAAUAUCUUUGGGACUUGGUAGAAUAUGGCUAUGGAGAUCCAGAUGGAGAAAACAGAGUAAGGGACAACAAAAGGAAAAACUCCAAAAGCGUUAGUAAUUAUUCAGCAAGCUAUCCAUGACAGCAUCUUCUCACGUAUUGCAGCAGUAACCACAUCAAAGCAGGCUUGGUUGAUUAUGAAGGAGGAGUUUCAAGGUGAUUCAAGGUGAUCGGGGUGAAAUUGCAAUCACUUCAGCGAGACUUUGAGACCUUGGUCAUGAGAAAUGGAGAAUCCAUCGCUGACUUUUUGUCUAGAACCAUGGCAGUAAUCAGUCAAAUGCGAUCUUAUGAAGAGACUCUUGUUGAUUAAACAUUUGUUGAAAAGGUAUUGAGAAGCUUGACUCAUAAAUUUAACCAUGUAGUUGCUGCCAUAGAGGAAACAAAGGAUUUGUCAAUUUUUUCAUUUGAUGAAUUAAUGGGAUCUUUGCAAGCACAUGAAGCCAGAAUUAAUUAAUCACUUGAAAAGAAAGAAGAACGAGCAUUCCAAGUGAGAGAGGCAGCAACAAGAACUGAAGAAGGUGAAACUUCGGCAAGUAAAGGCCGAGGAAGAGGAGGAUUUUAUGGCCGUGGCAUGGGUCGAGGCAGGGGUAGAGGUCGAUUUUAUGGGCAACAAAGGCAGUUUGGAGAGCAAAACAAACACAAAAAUGGCAUUCAAUGAUAUCAUUGCGACAGAUAUGGCAAUAUAAAAGCUGAUUGUUGGGUAUAAUGAUCAACAAUUGAAUUAUACAGCAGAGAAUGGAGAAGAAAGUAAGCUUUUUAUAGCUCAUUUUGCUACUAAUAAUAUUUCAAUUGAUGUGUGGUUUAUAGAUAGUGGCUGUUCAAAUCACAUGACUGGCAUAAAAUCUUUAUUCAAAGAGUUUGAUGAAGCACAAAAAGUGAAGGUUCAACUUGGAAAUAGAAAAGAAAUUCAAGUUGAAGGGAAAGGUACCGUGACACUUGAAACUAGUAAUGGUAAAGUAAAACUCCUGCAUAAUGUUCAAUUUGUACCUAAUUUGGGAUAUAAUUUAUUAAGUGUUGGACAAGUAAUAGCUGGAGGUUAUUUAAUAUUAUUUGAGGAUGGUGCAUGUGUUAUUAGAUACAAGAAAUCAGGCCAAAUGAUGAUCAAUGUCAACAUGACUGAAAAGAAGAUGUUUUCAUUGCAAGCCUCAAAUGUGCAGGAUAUGGUUCUAGUUGCUGCCAGAUUAGAUGACUCGCAGUUAUGGCAUCUUCGGUAUGGGCAUCUGCAUAUCAAAGGCUUGAAAUUGUUGGGUGAUAAAGGUACACCCAUGAAUAUCAAUGAAAAACUGCAGCAUGAAGAUGGGGGAGAAAUGGUUGAUGCUAGAAGGUUUAUAAGCUUGGUUGGAGGAUUAAUUUAUCUACUCACUCGACCCGAUAUUGCAUUUUCUAUUGUGUAAUUUCCAAGUUUAUGCAAAGUUCGUCAAAGUUUCACUUUAGAGUAGCAAAGCAGGUCUUGUGUUAUUUUGCUGGGACUGUGGAUUAUGGCAUUUGAUAUUCAAAAGUUUCUAAUUUCAGUUUAUGUGGGUUCACGGAUAGUGAUCAGGCUAGUUCAUUGGAUGAUAGACGGAGUAUUUCGGAAAAUAUUUGUUACUCUUGGAUCAGGAGUGAUCACUUGGAGCUCAAAAAAGCAAGCCACAACCGAACUAUCUUCCUCAGAAACUGAGUAUAUAGCAACUACUUCAGCAGCUUGUCAAGCCAUUUGGUUGAGGAGAAUGCUAGCAGAAUUAUAGCAAAAGCAAGAAGGAGCAACAGAGAUAUUUUGUGAUAACAAAACAACAAUUUCCAUGACAAAGAAUCCAACUUUUCACAUCAGAACAAA